GAGAGAUUGAGAAUCCCAGUCGUAAGACCUCCACUUUCGAGUUCAACACACCUGGAGCCGGCUAAUUCCCUUCAUCCAUCUCAAGCACACUAAAAAAACACACCAACAAAUAGACUCUACAAAAAGAAGGCCGCUUUGGACAUCUGUGAUUUUCCACCAUGGGACUGUGUUCUCAUAAUGGAUUGUUAGUGAUGUUGCUGUUUCAUCUUUGCCACGCACAAGAUGAUGCUCUUUCAUCUCCUGACCCCGAGCGGGCCCCACCAAGCCUAGGUGAUGUGAUUGAUGCGGUGAAGGCAGCCUUCGAGCAGGCAGUUCAGAUUUCCACAACUGGUGCCGUACGUGAGGCCUUGGAGGAGGUUGUUGAGGAACUAACGCCACCGAAGACUCCAUCGGAUCAGUCAACAGUGGAAGAGACUACAGCCGAUCACACAGAAACAGCUGAAGAGCAGGCAGAGGUGCUCCCUGAAGAAGAGCCGGAUGCCCAUAUAUUAGAAACAAGCGAACAGACACAUGAAGAAGAAUCUCAAGAUACAGAGCCUUCAGAGGUGAUUCAAGGAUUGAUAGAUCAGGAGGACUCCUCAAUUUCAGAGCCAGUUAUAAAACCGGAAGAAAUUGUCCUUGAGGCAACGGAUUCAGUUCAGGAACCUGCAGAAUCAGUUUUGCAUGACCCUGAGAUUAUUGAAGAGGGUGAACCAACGACUGAGGAAACCAAGUCAGAUGAUUUAACCGUCCAGAUAUAUCCUGACAUGCAGGAAGAAAACAAAUCAGGAGCCACAGAGAUGAACAAUGGAGGGAAAAAGGUCGAAGAAGAUGCAUUUAUUGAAGAGGAGGCUCAAUUGUCUGAGAUAGAUGAAAGGGCUGCAAUGGAAAGAAUAAAGGAAGUAGAGCUGACAGUAGAUGGUGAAGGCCCACAAGAAGAAGAAUCUGUGGAAAUGCAAGAAGUGAAUACAGAAUCAGAGCCUAGUGAAGAGGAACGGCAGGCAGUAACAGCACAGAUGGGUACAGAUGGCGGUGUGGUUGAUAUGGAUGAAGUAGAACAGGAAGAGGAAAAACAGGAAACACUGAAAGAGGGUGUGAUUGAAGUUGAAGCAAAGAGAGAGGAGGUAAAGGAAGGAUCUGAGGCACGACUUCAGAAGGUUUCAAAAGAAGAGGUGGUUCCUUCAACCGAAAGAACAGCACCAGAGGUCGUAGUGGAUACUAGGGGACCAAUUAAGUUGCAGGAGCCUGUUAUUACGAAGUCUGAAGCAACAGGCGGUAAAGCGCAUGAGGCCAGUGAUGUAAAUGAGAUUAUCAUCUCCAGUGACCCAAACAUUGACGAUAAAGGUGAACCGGCGUUGAUGAACAUUGUUGAGGAGCUUGUACCAACACCAAUACUCAAACUGAGGGCUGGAGAAACUGAUGGCACACUGGUGGAGGAGCGUGAUGAUUCUACACAGACCAAAGCCAUAGGGCAGGAAGCCUGGAAGAUUGGAGCAAUAGCAGCCGCUUUCUGUCUCAUCCUGCAAACUGCUGUCACUGUCGUCUACAUUAUCAAGUGCAGGAGAAAGACUAGCAGCAGCAGUGUGGCUCCGAAGAACUCGUGCACAGGAAGAAAUGCAUGUGACGCAAACAACACAGACACAACCAUACCAAUCGAUGAGCAAUCUGCUGUAGACGACCUUCUCGAGUACUCGCAGGUCCAGCAAGAGGACGUUGCUAUGACAACUAUCCCACUGGAUUCCUCAGAGAAGAGUUCGUCCUCUGACCCUAGAACCUCUGUUGUUUAGCACGGCUGACCUUAAGGAGACUGAUUCUAGAUGUGUGUAAAUGAUUGAGUGCCUGUCAGUAUGAACAUGCGAGUGUGUGUGUUUAUUUGUGUGUAUAUUGAACGGUUUUGUUAGCCUUGACUGAAUUGUGACUUCUGUGUUACUCAGUGUGCAGAAUGAAGUAUAAUUUGUAAAAAAUUUAAUUAAAUAAGAAAAUACAUUCUUCAAUAA